UAAUGAAUAAGAAGAAGAAAUAUGUUUAGAUAACAAUGCCAGAUAGUUAUUGAACCCCAUUCUCCUCAAUUUGUAAAUAAUAUAUUUAAUUUUCAAUAGCAAAACAACGUUAAAUCCAAAGAAAUAAAUUCACAUGUAUCGUUUCUUUAAGUCGGUGCUUUUUGGUAUUCCAAUUGGGGUAACAUUUUUGGACUGCGUUGGAUAUGUGGCCAGGGUCGAUGGUAUUUCUAUGCAGCCGGCUUUAAAUCCAGAUUCAUCUCAGACUGAUUAUGUAUUCUUAUCAAGAUGGGCUGUGCGGAGCAAUAAUAUACAAAGAGGACACAUCGUUUGUCUAAUUUCACCUAAAGAUCCAAGCCAGAAAAUUAUUAAACGGGUUGUAGGUCUGCAAGGCGAUGUGGUCGCUACUUUGGGCUAUAAACAGGAAAUUGUACGUGUCCCAGAGGGUCACUGUUGGGUAGAAGGGGAUCACACUGGUCAUUCUUUAGAUUCCAAUACGUUUGGUCCCAUUGCAAUCGGCCUAAUGACGGCGAGGGCUGCGUUCAUAGUUUGGCCACCAGAAAGGUGGCAAAGUUUGCCAAGUGAAUUGCCGCGAAAAAGAAUACCCAUUCAAAUAGCCAAGUCCACGAAUUACCAACAAGCUUGAUGAAGAAACUACGUUGAAUACAUUUUUUUCACACUUGUGAAAUGGUUUAUGUCUUACACUUCUAGCAUUAUUUAGACUAACUUAUUGUACAAUAAAUAUAUGUUUAUAUCAACAUUAUCCUAUAGAA